AUGGCAGUCGCAGGCGAGCUGAUUUACAGUCCUCCUCCUCCACUGUGCCUUUCAUUUUCCUGCUUACAUUCCGGAGAUGCAGAGCCCCCUGUAUUUAAGGCAGUGACUCCAGUUGAGCGGUGGAGGUUUCAGAAGUUGCAGCAAAAACUGAAGCAGCAGCAGCAGCUAAAGAAGCAGAGCAAGAGCGACCACCUGGCGAUGUUUGCGAGACAGACUCAACACCUGAAGCGGUCCCAGAGUGGCACCCGCAAGUUCUCUGAGGAUGAGGAGGAAGAAAGCAGCAGCGACGCCGAGAGCCAGGCUCAGAGAGCCGCCGCCGCCGCCCAGACAGCAAUGGGGAGAGCAGCGACUGGAGUCCUGGAAGAUUCAGACUCGUCCCAGUCGUCGGGGUCCGAAUCUUCUGAGUCGGAAUCGGAGAGACAAUCAGAUGAGGAGGAGUCUGAAGAGGAGUCCGUGGAGGAGCUGGCCGGCUAUUUCCAGCGGAAGUACGGGCGGGGAUGGAGCAGACAACAGGCCCCGGAGGAGAUCCCGGAGCACAUCAGCCAGCAGAGGCUGCUGCCCGGAAUGAAGGACCCCAAGCUGUGGCUGGUGCGGUGCAAGGUGGGCGAGGAAAAAGCCACAGCCUUGACCCUUCUGAGGAAGUUCCUGACCUACCAGAAGACAGACAGCCCCCUGCUGAUCAAGUCCGCGGUGGCCCCGGAGAACCUCAAGGGCUACAUCUACGUGGAGGCUUACAAGGCCAGCCACGUCCUGCAGGCCAUCGAAGGCUUGGUCAGCCUGCGGCAGGGCCGCCUGCAGCAGCAGCAGCAGCAGCAGGUGCCCAUCCGGGAGAUGACCGACGUGCUCAAGGUGCUGUCCAAGGAGGGCCCCAGCCUGCAGCCCAAGAGCUGGGUGCGCGUGAGGACAGGCCUGUACAGGGGUGACCUGGCUCAGGUGUCUCGGGUGGAGCCGGACCAAAGCAGCGUCUCCCUCAAGCUGAUUCCUCGAAUCGACUACGGCCUCCUGGCGGGCGGCCAGCAGCCCCCAGAGGGCUUGGCCAAGAGGCGGAGGUUCCAGCGAAGACCCCCGCAGCAGCUGCUGGAUGCGCACAAGAUUCGCUCUCUGGGAGGCAGGCUGACCUUCGAUGGAGAUUUCCUGGUCUUCGGGGGCAACCGCUACAGCCCCCGAGGCUUCCUGUUGAAGACCCUGAGCGUGUCGCGCGUCCUCCGAGAGGGCGUGAAGCCCACGCUGGCCGAGCUGCAGCAGUUCGAGGAGCGGCCCGAGGCCCUGCAAGCCCUGCAGCUGGCCGCAGAGGACAGCUCCGCGGAGCAGAGCUUCAGGCCCGGGGACAAGGUGGAAGUGAGCGGCGGGGAGCUCGUGCACCUGCGGGGCCGGGUGGUGAGCGUGCAGGGCCCCCUGGUGCGGAUGCUGCCCCAGCACGAGAUGCUGCGCGAGGUGCUGGCGUUCCCCGCCUGCGAGCUGCGCAAGCACUUCGAGGUGGGGGACCACGCCCAAGUGGUCUCGGGCCGCUCCCGCGGCAAGUCUGGCUUCGUGCUGAGGGCCGAGGCCGCCUUUGUCCUGCUCUUCUGCGACCUCAACAAGGAGGAGCUCCGAGUCCUCCCCAGAGACCUGCAGCUGCUCGGGAACACGGCCCCGGCGCUGGACCUGCUCAUGCAGCAGCAACGCUGGGGCCAGCUGGUGCAGCUGCCGUCCAACACGGUGGGCAUCUUCGUGGGCCUGGACGACGCGGACACCUGCCGGGUGCUGGACAUGCAGGGCAAGCUGCAGCUGGUGCGCAGCCAGGCAGUCGCCGACAGGAAGCACAACCCGUUGGCCGUGGCCCUGGACUCGGGCCAGAACGAACUUCGCCCCCGGGCGCUGGUCAGGGUCCUGGAAGGUCCGCACUCGGGCCUCGAGGCCUGCAUCCUCCACCUCUUCCGAGGCGUCGCCUUCCUCCACUCCAAGAAGAUCAUGGACCACGGGGGCCUCUUCGUCUGCAAGACCCGCCACCUCCUGCUCAGCGAGGCCCCACGGGCCAAGGACCUCCCCUCCCGCGACUUGGCGCUGGGCGCCCGCAGCCCUGCUCCCAUCACUGCCAGGCCCCCUGGUGCCCCCGCAGGGCCCAGGGACCCAGCGCUGGGGAGGGCAGCGGGUGCUGGCCCGGGCCAGGGCCGCAGAGUCAACGAUCUGGUGGGUCAGACUGUGCGCAUCUGCCAGGGGCCCUACAAGGGCUACAUGGGGAUGGUGAAGGAGGCCACGGACUCCGUUGCUCGGGUGGAGCUACACACCACGUGCCAGACGAUUUCCGUGCAAUCCCAGAGACUGGUCCGCCUUGGCACCCCGAGCUCCCAAUCCCGUGACUCCACCCCUCACGCCACCCCCAGCUAUGGCUCCCAGACACCCAUCUACAACCUGGGCUCCUUUACCCCCCUGUAUGACUGCAGGACCCCCAAGGCCCAGGGGGACCAAACUCCAGAUUCCAGGGCCUCCUCUCCUCCCAGAAAGUACAGACCAAGCUUCCUCUGGUAG